GGAAAGUAUCUUGCCCAAGAACACAACACAAUGUCCCAGGCCAGGGCUUGAACCAGGACCGCUCUCUCCGGAGUUGACCGCGCCUCCCACAUAGGUUAUGUUAUACAACCGUUAUUUUGUAUCAAUCGUCUUAACUUUCAGCAUCGUUCUUGCUAUCUUGCAGGUCAUUUCUGGUUUAAUCUCGGCUUCAGAGUUGUCUAAUGACCCAGGAAAAUAUGCUGAAUCUCGAAGAGACGCGCUAAAAUCUCUUGCUAGCAUCGCCUGCUCCGUUGGGUUGAGUAGAACUGGUGACGAAGAACGAGUUGUAACGGAACGAAGUCUACAACAGCUUUACGAUGCUUUUAUCGCGGCCAUGAAUGACUACACAAUCGAUAGCAGAGGAGAUGUCGGAGCCUGGGUGCGUGAGGCCAGCAUGACAGGACUAGAAACCCUGUCCCGUUUUGUUGUGGAAACAAUCUGGAUGUUUGCGAAUGGAAACUCGAGACGUUGA